AUGCCCAUCCAAGUAGUUCAACAAAUCUCAAAAGGGAGAAAUGGCUUUGGUGCAUAUAUUUUUCAAUGUAAAAAAAUCCAAUUUUGCUAUUGUAAUUGGGCAGGAAGUUCCCGAGGUAUGAAUAUUUUUCUUGAAAAAAUGCUCUUGAAAUUCUCAAAAGAUAAUCCAUAUAUUGAAAUGAUUGUUUCAAGAAGACCAGGAAAACAUCCUGUUAUAAGAGGUAUCUAUGUCAAUGGAAGAGAAAAGGUGAUUUGUGUAAGAAAUUUAGAUCCUCAACAAAUUUUAAAAAAAGCUGAAUUAUUAAAAAAUUCGAGUGGUGCAAAAUUAAAAAAAGUUAAAUGGCCUGUGUCUAGCAUAAAUAAAAGUGUCAGAGGAAUAUGGAGUCCUUUUCAUCAACAAAAUACCCUUUAA